AUGGUCCUUGCCCCAAUCGAACGUCUGCCAGUCGAGCUGCUCCAGCCUAUUUUCAUUGCUGCUGGCCAUGAAAUCGCGCUGAUCCAAGCGUCCACCUACAUCGCAGCACGACUCUCAUCCGAAUAUAUUUACCACUCAACAUGCGACCACUACCUCACCGAAGUGCACGGUAGACGUGCCGAGCUGUCGGCUGCCCAAACCAGUAUCUUCUCCAACAGAUGGAUGACUUGGAAUUUCUUUAAGUCAUGGAUCUUGCGACGUUAUGGACCCACAGGAUGCCUCUGUGGCCGAACGCCUGGCAACGGCGGUUGUUUUGAUGCGCAGUGGCCACCGAACUUUGAGGAUACUUCGCAGAUGGUCUUCUCUCGAAGUCACCUACCUCAGCUUGCUGUCGUAAAGGGACGAAUACCGAGAAAGUUAUUAUCAGGGCCAUGGACCGAAGACAAAAUCAAGUUUCUGCGAUUCUUACUGUGGAUCACGGCUAUGACGGUGGAUUGGAUGGAUUCAGAGACUGCGCAAGUGGCUAUUACCGGCAGGAAGCAGGCUAUGCUACAACGAAACCUCGAAGCGGUGGAGCUGUUCAACCACAAUCGACGCCUAGGUCGACCUGCAGACUUGGAAACGGUACGAUUUGCUGUUAUGCAAGCUGGCUGUGAUCGCUCUAUCGUAUAUGACACAUUGCUCGCUGCGAACAUGUGGUACGGAAAGAAGCGUGCCCGAUACUCCCCCGAGCUCCAUGAGUGGUGUGAUUCUCGAACAGCGGACGGAGACCCGAAAGGUCGAUGGCUGAAAAAGAAGCUUUUGGAAUCUCGUAUUCUAAGCAGCCAUGAGGAAGCACAGGAAACUUACGACUGUAACCCACUGUAUUUGGAUCCCGCUGCCGAAGCUUAUGAAGGAGGACCAGAAGAUACGCUUACGACACACAAGCUUCAUUGGAACGAGGUACGUGUACUUUCUUUUCCCGUUGGCGGCUCCGGUCUCAGAUUUUACGGAUCUAAACUGGCUGCUCUUGUUGAAUCAAGAUGGCUUGUUGCACAGAGACAGAGAUAG